AUGACGAUGAAAAAUUUUGUCGUCCCUUCAAGAGGGCCUGGACGUGAACGUAUCUCUGGCAUCCCGCACCAGGUUCAAGAUAAGGGUUUGCGGCAACGGCAGGGAUCACCUGGGCAGGCGUCGCCUGGAAUGAUCGUCGCGUCAAGCCCGGCUAGGAUUGGCUAG